AUGUUUGAAGUUCGGUUGUCAAGUGGGAAGCAUUGGGUAGAACUCAUAGUUUUACAUCAGACAACAUCACCUCAAACCAUAAGAACUCGCAAAUUUUAUCGCUCAUAUCUGGCUGCCGAAGAAGUCUCUAGUACACGGCUGCCCAGCUUUAUCAGAGAUAAGUUGAAAGCACUUCAGUCUGAGAUUAUGGAAACCCUUGUGCGAAAUGCAGAAAACAGCCCAUCAUUAUUAUCGACAUGUUUUUCAAGUUCAGCAUUCACGAAAACUUUCCAAGAAAUGGCCAAAUAUUAUUUUGAUCAAGGCGGAAAACUGUUUCGGCCCACCAUUUGUUUGUUGAUGGCUAGAGCAUGCAACCAGUUUGAGCCUAAAUCGAUGUUAGUAGAUUCGGGUCGUGAUACAGUAACAAGAAAUCAAUACAAAAUAGCGGUUAUAUCAGAAAUGAUACACACUGCAUCAUUGGUUCAUGAUGACGUUAUCGAUAAGGCUGAUAUAAGGCGGGGAAGUCGAACUAUAAAUGCACUUUGGGGCAAUAAAAUGGCUGUAUUGGUGGGAGAUUUCAUUCUGGCUCGUGCAACACAGGUGUUAUGCAGCAUCGGAAGGCCGUCCGUUAUUUCGGUGAUGGCAACUAUCAUUGAAGAUUUAGUGAAAGGCGAGUUUAUGCAAAUGAAUGAUGGGACAGAUUUAAAUGCUACGCAAAGGUUCAAUAAAUAUAUGGCCAAGACUUAUUCAAAAACAGCAUCUCUUUUCGCGAAUAGCUGCAAAUCAGCUGCAAUGCUUUCAGAUGUGUCAGAGGCAGACGAACUUUCCGCAUACGAGUACGGGAAAUCUUUAGGCAUCGCCUUCCAAAUGAUUGAUGACUUGUUGGAUUAUGUUUCUACAUCAUCCGUUACGGGAAAACCGACUGCAAAUGAUUUGAAGCUGGGACUUGCAACAGCUCCUGUUCUCUUCGCUGCCGAAGAAUACCCUGAGCUAAAUAAACUGAUAACAAGAAGUUUUUCCAAAGAAGGUGAUAUAGAAUUGGCCUGGGAAAUUGUUGGUAACAGCACUGGUCUGCAAAAAACACGAACUGCAGCUCGGGAACAUGCUGAACACGCCGUUAAAAUGGUCCGUAAUUUCCCAAACGGUGAUGGAGUGCGCGAUCAUUUGAUACAAAUAGCUUUAUCACAAACCGAAAGAAAUAGGUAG